AUGGGUACUUAUGGUGAGAUCCACAACGACAACAUCAUCAAGGCGACCAUGGAGGAGCUCACUGAAGAGGAGCGCAAGACCUACCUCAUCGCUGAAGAGCACCUGAAGGAGCAGUUUCUUCAGGGAUUCAAGAAGGAGCGAGGAGGCCUAGUCAAGAGGGUCGGGGAGUUCGUGAUGCCAUCGUUCAAGUUAAACCAAGACAAGGUCGAGGUACUUCCUAAUGAUCCCUCUGAAUUAGUUAGGGGCCCGGGCCUGGCCUGCCUUAUCCUCUCCCGUCGGCCCCUCGGUCUCCCUCGACUCCCUCGGUCUCUUGCGUUACCCAAUCCCAUCCUCCGCCGCCGCCCAUCCCCUGCGGCUCCACCUCCCUCCCCCACUCCUGCCAGCGGCGCGGCUCCUUACAGCUGCGCGGCGCGGCCAGCAGCGCGGCGGAUCGGCGCGGCGCGUCGCCGCCCCCAUUGCGGCGGCGGCCGGGCGCGGUUCCCUGGCGCCGCUGCCGUUGGCCAGUACGUGCCAUUCGGGGAGUGGCCGUCGGGGGAUAUUCCUACUUGCGGCGGCGGAAAUGGCGGCAGCGGUGGGGGCCACGCGGCGAUGCAGGGCGGGGCGGUGAGCAGCACCAUCGCGUCGUCCAUCGAGUCGCUGAGCUUCAUCAACCAGGACCUGCACUGGAAGCUGCAGCAGCGGCUGGCCACCAUGUUCCUGGGCCCGCCGAGCUCCACCACCGCGCACGUCGACGGCGUACCAGUACCAGCAGCGGCACACGUCUGACUUUUUUUCUCGGCAACAAACUAACUGAUAGGCUUGGAGCGAGGACACCGUGACCUAAAAUCAGCUAGUUGGUCUCGCAAGAACUGAAGAUCAACAACAAGGACUUCUCGCAAGAACUGCACGGGGCUGCAGAAACUUGACGAGGCCGCGGCAGAACAGUUGGAGAUGGAGGCAGGGCUCGCGGAUCUUGCGCCGGCGUCGCCCCACGGACCUUGCGUCGGGGUAGCCCGCCGGGUACUGCGCCCAACGAUGCUGCACGGAGCCAAGAGGGAGGACGGCGGAGGGAUUGAAGACUAGAUGCUAGAUAAAUUAAGAAGCGGAGAGUGGAGAGCCCAUGGCGGAAUGGCGCGAAAGAGGACUGGCGCGAGGCGGGAGCCGAAAAUUUUCACGAUUGGGAGCUUGUCCUCGAGGCGCAAAUAUAGCUCCGGAUGGCUUCGGUUUUGGAACUGCGGAGUGAUUGGGCAUUGGGAUAGGCACUGUUGGAGCCAUAUUUUUCCAUUUAUUUCCAAAACAAAAGUUUUUGGGAUGUAUUUUGGGUACUCUUGGAGAUGCUCUUACAACACUAGCUUUUCCACACGGA